AUGGGCUGUCCGAGCCUGACGAAUCUGAGCACAAGCAGUAUAGCGGAACAGUUCAGCUAUUACAUUAUCAGCGCGGCCAUUCUUAUUCUCCGUGGAUGCGUCAGGCUAAGGACCAGGGGUUGGCGAAGACUCCAGGCCGAUGACUAUAUCGCUGUAUGGGUACUUUUUUGUGUCGGAUUCGCUGGGUUCUUCACGAUUGCUUCACUAUGGCUUGGUGGAACUUGGUUCUUCCUCGAUCACCCGGACGAUGUAGGCAAGCUGCUCGAGUGCCAAAUUGAUGAUAUGAGGCUGGGAAGCAUUUUCAAUGUGCUGAAUUGGUACAUGUACACGGGACUGAUAUGGGGUCUCAAGGCGAUGAUGCUCAUCUUCUUGAAUCGCCUGUACUGUUGUUUCGCUCGACUCAUGAUUCGAUCGGUCGCCGUCGCCUGCGCGUUAUCCUUCCUAACGUGCUACAUCAUCAUCACGUUCAGCUGUCACCCAAUACAGAAAAACUGGCAAGUGAAUCCGCUGCCGCAUCAUAGGUGCAUGCGCAGAGUCAUCAACAUCUACUCCGUAUCAGGCUUGAACGCUGCUACGGACUUUCUCAUCUUACUCAUACCGCUUCGGUUGGUGAARACGGUUCAGGUCUCCAUCUGGAAAAAGGUGGUGUUGGUACUGCUACUCUGCUCGGGGGCGUUGGCCAUGGUAACGGCACUACUGCGAGUUGGGUUCCUCCACACAAGCACCUAUGUGGGUCAUAUAUCUAUGUGGGGAAGUCGGGAGGUAAUGGUUGGCACGUUCGUUGUCAAUAUGCCAUUGAUCGCCCCAAUCAUCAAGAAGAGCUUCUGGCAGCGAAUAACUGGAAGCCGACCUCCUCUUCAUCCCACAGAUUUGAGUCCAACAGGUCUCACUACGAUCGGAGGGACACGCAUCGAUAGUCACGGAAGGCACAGACACACUGAGAGUGACGACUCGUCAGUUGCUAGUAUACCAGACGACAAUGUCACCGGAGUACCGUCCUUGACGAUGAUCAAUCGCAACGAUAGCGCCGCAAACACCACGAUCAAAACGACAUUCAGUGAACGAAUCGAUUUCCACGCACACAAUGGAGAAUCACGAAAUCCGAUUGACGCCGAUGCGGAAGAUCACAACCCAGAAUCUGGGCGCACGACCACUUCAACAAGCUGUGAAGAGGAGGAUCUCGCGCGACCUACACUACCUGAACCGGUAGUCUACAGCCCACGAUCUCCCGAAACACAAUCGAACGCUCGUCGGAAUAUCGCCUGGCCGAGAAAUGCGACUCCACGGUCGUUCGAGUUGACUCGGAUUCAGCAUCUAUGA